AAGAUUUAAAGAGGUUAGUUCGUUGACGAAUCAUACGACGUGUACAUCUGUCAUCUGUCAAAAUAAGCAACGAAAACGCUGCGGAUCCAACACUACAAUUUUGUCAAACAACCUACCACAACCACGCUAUCGUCGUCCGUAAUGCAAUACAGGAACGUUAUCUGCUUCUUUAAGCAAAGCGAGAGAUUCGUAUUUUCGAACAGGAUCAACUCAACAAUCUACAGUUGUCCGAAAGUCCUAAUGAGUUCUGUCGAAAUGGAUAAACCUAAAAUCUUAAUUACACGACCGGACAUACCUGUUGCAGGCUUAUCUUUACUACAAGAACGGUAUCAGACUAUAUUAUGGGACAAGCCUGAACCAAUACCCCGAUCAGAAUUACUAUCUAAAAUCCAUGGAGUAGAUGCUCUAUACUGUGUACUAACAGAUAAGAUAGAUGAUGAGGUUCUGAAAGCUGCAGGUUCACAGUUGAAAGUUGUAGCAUCUAUGUCAGUGGGUGUUGAUCACCUGGAUUUAGAUGCGUUAAAGAAAAGAGAAAUUAGAGUUGGGUAUACUCCUGAUGUUUUGACUGAAGCAACUGCAGAACUGAUAGUAGGUCUUUUAUUAGCCACGUCAAGGAAUUUAAUGCAAGCAAAUAAAGCAAUUUACAAAGGCGAAUGGAAAACUUGGUCACCGAGAUGGAUGUGUGGCACAGGAUUGUCAGGAAAGACUGUAGGAAUGGUCGGUUUGGGUAGAAUCGGCUUUAGGGUUGCAGAGCUGCUCAAAAGCUUCAAUGUUGCUAAAAUUUUAUAUACGAGUAGAACACUUAAACCGGAAGCGUCCAAAUUCGGCGGUGAAAAAGUUGAAUUUAACAUAUUACUCAAGAACAGUGACUUUGUCGUAGUGACUAUAGCUUUGACACCAAAAACGAAGCAAAUGUUUAAUACUGAAGCUUUCAAACAAAUGAAAGAAACUGCUAUAUUCGUGAAUGGUAGUCGCGGAGACGUGGUGGAUCAAGAAGCACUAAUAAACGCCUUGAAGAAUGGCACAAUUGCAGCAGCUGGGUUAGAUGUCAUGACACCAGAACCGAUACCAUUAGAUAAUGAGCUAUUAAAAUUAGAUAAUUGUGUGAUUCUACCUCACAUAGGAAGUGCUACCAUAGAGACUAGAGAUGAAAUGGCCAAAAUUACAGCAAAAAAUAUUAUAGCUGUCCUAGAAGGAACACCUGAAAAUAUGCCUGCACAAAUUAAAUGAAUACAGCUACAUGCGUUGACUGGAAUAUAUAGGUUUUAUCUUUAAAAAUCGUAUUGUGAUAUAUAUUUAAAUCAAAGUAGA